GGACAAACCUCUAACCAGCGCGGCACUUCCUUCCGCGUUUCCUGGUAGCUGGAAGCUUUUAUAAAUAGGGACUAUGGUCAGCUCUCAGUCACUGUCCCGACUCCAAACCGUCAGAGACACACGUCUAAACCGCAGAAGGGUCGCAGCGAGAAGCCUUUAAGCCACCGACAGCAUGAUUCGUGCGGCGACGACGCUGCUUUUCUGUGCGCUUUUGGUGCGCGCCGCGGAGGAAGCGGCCGCGCUGCGCGGGCGCUGCGCGGGGGGGCUCUGCGCCUUCCAGCACCGACUCAACCUCCAAGCCGCCGACAAGUUCUGCACGGACAAAACGGGUUCUCUGCUGGAGCGAGGUCCCGGGGACGAGCUGCCGGAGCUGGCGGCUCUGCUGAGCCCCCUCGGGGGGAGAUUCUGGCUGCGCAGCGGAUCUGAAAGCUGCGCCGCCGCGUCCGUGAGGGGCCAGAACGUCACGGUGGAGUCGGUCCCGUGCACGGAGGCCCUGGACGGGUUCGUGUGCCAGUACGAGCCCGCUGACAUGUGCGGUCCCGUCCAGGGAGGCGCGGGCGCGCAGGUCGGGUACAUCUUCUCCGAGGACUUUGAGAUGACAAACUCGGAAGCGCUUCCCCCCGGAACCGUGGCCACGGCGCAGGACGCGGCGGCGGGGGGGAAGUAUCCGAGCUCCAAGCACAUCUGCUUCGGCGCGACGUGGCUCGCGGCUCCGUGGUUCUGCGAGGUUCUGCGGGGCGGCUGCGAGCGCGACUGCGACCCGGCCGCGAGGGCGUGCGCGUGUCCCGCCGGCAGCGCCGUGCACGCCAACAACGUGUCGUGCGUAAUGGAGGAAGACCCGUGCGCCGGCUGCGCGCAGGGGUGCCAGACGCAGACGCACGGAGGCGGCUUCGCGUGCACGUGCGACCAGGGAUACAGGCUGGCGCCGGACGCGCGCGGCUGCGUGGACGUGGACGAGUGCGCGGAGAAGCCGGACGCGUGCGCCAACGAGGGCGAGGAGUGCGUGAACGUGCGGGGAGGCUACGAGUGCAGGUGCGCGCACGGAUUCGACGGGGAGGACGGAGUGUGCGUGAACGUGUCCAUCUGCUUCCUCUGCGAGCACACCUGUGUGAAGAUCGACGGCGUGCACCGGUGCGCGUGCAUGGAGGGCUUCGCCGUGUCCCCCGCAGACCCCACCAGGUGCGUGAUGAGCUGCGGACGCGAGUGCGCGGCGAUGUGCCACCCGGACCCGCAGAAGGAGGAGUGGGACAUGCAGCAGUGCUUCUGCCCGGACGGAUACGUCACCGACAUCAGCAACAAGACGGCCACCUGCGUGGACAUCGACGAGUGCGAGCACCAGAGCAUGUGCGACCACGUGUGUGAAAACCUCUUCGGCGGCUACAGGUGCAGCUGCCACGACGGGUACGCGCUGCGGGGCGGCGGCAGGUGCGUGCCGGAGGAGGACGACGGCGGCGACGCGGAGGUCGGAUCCGGUGACCCGACCGAGCGGCCCACUCCGGCCAGCAGCCAACCCGCGUCCUUCCCGCCCUACGUGCGGACCGGCAGCGUGCUGGGACUGACCGCCUUCGUGGCGCUGCUGCUCGCGCUGCUGGCCUGCACGGUCCGCUGGAUGCUGCGGCGCUGCAGCACGUUCAAGCUGCACUCCUUCAAACACUCGGACCUGGACAUCUUCAACCUGCAGCAGGUGACCACGGAGACCUACAAGAGGCUGUCCUUCGACAAGCCAUCGAAAAACGGCGUGCAGAGACUCAGCACACUGCAGGAGACGCAGACUGGGGCCACCUAAAGUACCCCAGAGCAGCAGAAUAAAAAAAACAGAAAAAACACUGUUAAGUAUAUCACUGCACACUGCACAGAAUUGAAAAAGAGACUUUAGUUAUUCAUCUUUGCAUGAGAAAGAAAUCUUUUAUAGGAACAAAUUUCAGCAGCUGAAGAUAAGAUUCACAAAACAAGUCCAACAAUAAUGAUGUUAAACUGCUGUAAUCCCUUUUUUUAUAUUUGCAGUCCAGAUGAUGUGCUAUUGGUGUUAUUUUCCAUUUUAAAGCUCUGGUUUUCACAGAUGCUGUAUUUAAUGUGAAGGAAGAGCCGUUUCUGUGGCCAGACUGUGGCCGGAUCACGUGCUUUUAUCUGAUCACUGACGGAGAAGUUGGUCGAGGUGCGAAGAGUAAAUACUGUUAACUGCCUGUGUGUUAAUUACAAAUGAAAACAGCCCUACGAAUCCCGGUGACAAGGAUCCUCUGGACUGAGCGGGCCGGUCUGUGCAUCCGAGCAUCAGUCCGUGCGCCGCUGCCACCCACAUUCCCCCGAGGUGGAGAGGUGGUUCUUUCUCUCCACUUAACACUGCUCUUCAUAGGUCAACUUCAAAUGAAUGUAAAACUGUGCUGCUACUGACAUUAGAGCUGUAGUUGAAACACACGUGCACCUCAUCCAAGCAUGCUGUAAACCAGGCUUGCUCCAAGCUUCACUGGUGUUUUAUGUUCUCUGAGUCUUAAAUGGUGGUUCGUGCAGCGGCCUCGUUGCAAAUCUUUGUGCUCUGUGCUACAGUCACAAUAACCUUUAGGUCCGUGUCGCCCCCCCUGGACUCCGUGUGUCACUUUAAAGGGGACCUAUUAUGGCUCUUAAUGUAUAUUUUAAACAGGCCUUGAAUGUCUUAAAAACAAGCUUUUGAUUGUUUUUUUCUAAAUAAAUUAGAAAUUCCGCCUCUGGGCCAUGUCUUU